AGCCGGCAGGGGGAGCUGCCGGGAGCGCCUGGCGGCCGCCGCCUUCCGCCCUUCCCCUUCCGGAGCCAGGCGCGCCAAAGCCGGGGCCAUGCCGCUGGAUCACCGGCGAGUGCCGGGCCCGGAAGAGUCGCAGUCGCCGCUGCUCUACGUGCCGGCCGGCCAGAGGGAGAGCGGCGAGGCGGCGGCCAGCCGGGACCUGUCGGCGCUGCAGCCGCUCUUCGCCCGCGUGGGGCUGCUGAGCCAAGCCAAAGGCUCGGCCUACGUGGAGCUGGACGGCGGCACCAAGGUACUCUGCUCCGUGGCCGGGCCCCGCGAGGCGGGCGGCGGCGGCGGAGGAGCGAGCGGCCCCGGCGAGCCGCGCGGCCGGCUGGUGUGCGAGUUCCGCCGGGCGCCUUUCUCCGGGCGCGGCGCCCGCGGCCGGCCGGGCGCGGCGGAGCCGGAGCUGGGCCUGGCGCUGCAGGAGGCGUUGGAGCCGGCCGUGCGCCUGGCGCGCUACCCGCGGGCGCAGCUGGAGGUGAGCGCGCUGCUCCUGCAGGACGGCGGCUCCGCCUUGGCCGCCGCCCUGUGCGCCGCCGGGCUGGCGCUGGCCGACGCGGGCAUCGAGCUCUACGACCUGGUGGCGGCUUGCGCGCUCAGCCGGGCGGCCGGGCCGUCGGGGCCCGAGUGGCGGCUGCAGCCCAGCGAGGCCGAGGAGCGCGCCGCCGCCGCCCGGCUCACCGUGGCGCUCCUGCCUUCCCUCAACCAGGUGGCCGGCUUGCUGGGCAGCGGCGACGGCGGGCCGGCCGACAGCUGGGCGCAAGCGCUCCGCCUGGGCCUCGACGGCUGCCAGCGCCUUUACCCGCUGCUGCGCCAGAGCCUCCUGCGGGCGGCCAAGCGGCGGCAGGAGCCCGCGGACAUGGACACGGCCGAGCCCCCCGCGGGAACGGCCUGAAGUCGCCCUCGGGGCUUUGGCGCAGGAGCUUGCGAGCCGGAGAACCGGGAGACGGGGCGCAAGCGGGAGCGCGUCGUAGGAAGCAGAUGAAGGCCAGACGGAUGCGGAGCGAGAAGAGACCUGCUUGAUCCACCUAGAACUUAAUCUGGAAACUUUCUGGGGGCCCCCCAGCCCCCCACUUUGAGAAGGGGGUGAACUUUGCCACAGCGUCUCCCCCAAGAAAGCACCCUGAGCUGUGGCUGUUUGACUCCUAACUUUGCACCGUUGACUUUUUUUUUUUUGUUGGAUAACUGAAGGCUUCUCUUGAACUUAACAAUUGUUUCCCCUCUCUUAAUGCUGAAAUUUGGUCCUAUGGGGGCUGCCUCUGGCCUGUUAAUGGGGUCCUUUGGAUGAAAAGUGGACGGGGUUUCUUGCGAAGUAAGUCAGGUUGAAGUGAUGGCUGAGUUUUCGCCAGAAACCACAGUUAACCAUGACCGAGUUAAAAACAAAACAAAGGGGGUGAUGUCUUAGAAGUCUGUGGGGAAUCAGGUUAUGCUUAAUGUGCACUAACAUGGCUUGUUUUGUUUAUUGUGAACCCAGAGUAAUCCAGUGGUUAACCAUACUUUAUUUAGUAGCUUGUGUAAGUGGAUGUUUUUAAAGGUGAACUUUAUUUUGAUGCCAUUUUUUUCAAUCUUACUCAAAAUUGAAAAAAAAAAAGUCUCCCCAUUUUGCUUUGUUUUUUUUUUUUAUCCUGGCUUCUUUGCUACCUCUUUUAUUUCUUGUUUUUGAUCCUCUUCUAAGUUCACUGAACCCUUGUUAGUACAAUUUUUUUCUCUUCUCGAGUCUGCUUUGGCACUCCCCUGACUUUCAUUCAAUGUGAUUUUUUCUCUGAUAAUAAUUUACUGGGACUUGAUUUUCUGCCUGCUAUUUAAAUUCAUGAGUUCAACAGACCGGUUGUCUUGUUUAUAUAAUUAAAAUAUCUCUUUUAUAAA